UUCCUUUUCCCUUCCGGUUCGUUUAUUCCCCAAUUUAAUAUACUAUCGAGAAGCAGAACAGAGACCCAAGUAAAUCGCCUGCAGUGAUGUCCCACGUACUCCUCCACCAUCUAGUUCCAAUCACAAUCGUCCAUCUCAAAUCAUGUUCUUUCCCCACCCCUAAACCAACGGCCUAUAUUCACCUCCGCACCAACCCAUCAACGGGCGCCACCAUAAAGUGCAUGGCCAAUCCCAGGAGAGUUAAAAUGGUAGCGAAACAGAUAAGGAGAGAGCUCUCCGACAUGCUCUUAACUGACAAGGUGUUGCAAUUCGCCGUCUUGCCUGAAGCCGCCUUAGGAGCCGACCGCUACCUCUCUUCCCUUACUACCAUAAGUGACGUUGAAGUUUCAGCUGAUUUACAGGUUGUUAAAGUGUAUGUAUCUGUUUUUGGUGAUGAGAGAGGGAAGGAUGUUGCGGUUGCUGGAUUGAAGUCUAAAGCUAAGUACGUUAGAAGCGAGCUGGGGAGGCGUAUGAAGUUGCGGAUUACACCAGAGAUACGCUUUAUCGAAGAUGAAUCUCUGGAGAGAGGAAGCAGGGUAAUUGCCAUAUUAGACAAGAUAAAGGAGGAGAAAAAGACUGCAGUAUAUGAAGAUGAAGAAGAAGAAGCAGCGGCAGAAGAAGUUGAAUCCAUGUCGUCGCGAGAUGACAGAGACUGGGAGGAUGAUGACCCUGAUGAAGAUAUUAUUUACGUAAAGUAGUUGCCUUGCCUUCUCAUUUGCUUAGUAUUUCUUCAGGACAGAAUGAAGAAGUUGUCAUAACAUUUUUACAGUGUGGAAUUUCCGAACCCCGAGUCUCGUCUCAUUUAGUGCCACUGCCAUUGUCCGAAAGCG